AUGGAUUCAGGGAGAGAAGAAAGCCCGGAUUAUUCGAGUGAGGGGAAUGAUAAUCUGAAGGAAGAGAUGGCGGGUAGUCCUGCAACAAGACGCUCCUAUGAGUGCACCUUUUGCAAGAGAGGCUUCACCAACGCGCAGGCCUUAGGCGGCCACAUGAACAUUCACCGUAAAGAUAGAGCCAAGGCGAAGCAAACCACUGCUAAUUCUUCUUCACUAAUUUCCACCAGACGCAGCACCGAUGAUCACACAAACCCUAGUUGUACUUCAUUUUCAACUGAAUACGCCACAAAAAACUACCCACCAGUUCUUGAGGGUCAAAGGAAUUACAACAUGUAUUUUCAGCCUCCUUUUUCUAGCCCUAACCAUCCACAUGUUGAAAAUACCGAUCGUAAGUUUUUGGGAGCACAAACGUCAAACGAUUCUAAUUCCAGCCUGAAUGAACAGCGUUGGGGCUCUAAUUUGAGUUUGCAGCUAGGUUCCAAUUAUCAGCCUUACAAUGAUCAAGUAGCGAGGGGAAUUAUGCAAGAAGAUGAUUUGGAUUUGGAGCUUCGACUCGGUCAUGAUCCUUGA